CCGCUUCUCCCAUCGCGCGGCGGCCCGGAUCCUCGCCCCUCCCCUUCUCCUCGAGAACCCUCCUGCCCCGCCCGCCGGCCGCCGCCUGCCGACCACGGCGGCUGCUCUCGCCGCCGCAGCCCGCCCGGUCGCGGUCCUCGGCGCCGCUGCACCCUCCCUUCUCCCACUCACGCGCUCGCAAGACCCCCUCUUCUUGACGGCUUGCAUUGACCCCAACCAACCACUCUUCCUUCCGUCUCGUCUCCCCUCUCACUGGACCGGACGGACAGAAUCCACUAACCGACGGGAACGAGUACGAGGAGGCCGACGGGGACGAGAGAUCUAGGAGCACGAAGCCGCCUGCCCGCCCGUCGUCAUGGAGAACCACGACUACAGCAGGAUGAAGACACGGCCCAAUAACGCGGUUCUCUCGAGAGCUAUGCGCUCGAGGAAGAGCGUGGUGGCCGUGAUCGUUGAGAGGUCACCAUCCCCACCCGACACUGAACCAGUCAUGUCGUAUGGCAGUGGCUUCAUCAUCAAGGAUGGGCCUCCAACCUCACUUGUUCUCACGUGUCAGCAUGUGGUGGUAGAUGCCGUGUCCGUGCGCAUAAGGAGGGUGGUGGUGGGAGUCGGAGUGGAAGAAUUUGAAGCUACAGUGAUCAAUGGCAAUAGCGGCACAGACGUUGCUGUUCUCCGCGUUCGAGGGCUGAGGAGUGAGCGCGCUUUCUCUCUCGCGCUAAGCUUCACAUCUCCACUUCAAGUCAACGAGCCUGCAGUUACAAUUGGAUACUGCAACCCGGAAAAUUUGUUGGAUGAAAUCUCUCUCGCAGGGCUUCCAGCCACUUCACCUGGAUGUAUCCGGGAGGCUCCUGAUGAUUUCCUCGAGGCGUUAAGGGAGGAGGAUGGCAAACGAAUGCUCGGAAAAGGACCAGGUGGUGUAGUGCACGAACUGAUUCUUCUGAACUGCGUUAGCAUGAGUGGCGUGUCAGGUGGACCAGUUGUUGAUAGGCACGGCGUCGUUGGGAUGGCUAAAAUGGUGGGUAAGGAUAUGCCCAUAAUGCUGGCUGUGUCGUCCAAGACUAUCUGCGGAAUGCUCAAGGUCUUUGCUGGUCUACCCGUCAAUGGGCCCGCUACUAUGGAGGAGGUGGUCUCUCGCUUGGGACGCCUGUGAUCUGCCUGCCACCCCCAACAACAACCCCUUUUCUGCUAAGUCCAGCAGUGAUAAAUGUUUCCUUCCCCCAACAGCCCGAAACACUCACCACUCUGGCCACCAUUGUUGCUGCUUCAUGUGCUUCGUCGAUUAAAAUCGACUUUGAUUUCAUCAGUCGAUUGAAGAAAAGGAUUUCCGUCUUUAAUUAAUGUGAUGCAAUAAUGGUGUCAACAGACAAUAGACUUGUGCCUGAAAUCUUUAUAAAACACGAUAGUAAACAUUGCACAAGCAGCUUUAAAUUAAAGAGAUGAAAUAACAUAUUGAUGACCUGUUUCUCAGCAUA